CGGUAUUUGCUGUAUAUAAGUCGAUAAUAAUAUUUAAAAAUCUACUGUGCUGCCUGCCCUCUGCUGGAAACGCGAAUCCCUUGUCUGCAGAGGAGCAUGAGAUGUGUCUGUCUGCAUUCCUGCAUUUUGUAGCCUAUGUGCAUUUUGGAGGAAAGGGACAGCUAUUCUGGGCCCUCUUCCUCCCCAGCCCCAAAACACCGCUUCUUGUUUUUCCGAGCCAGGACAUGAAAGCGUGCCUCCAUCCUCGCCUGGAGGGAGCGCGGAGCAUCUUCCCAGCCGCUCCUCGCUGAGCGACCGAGCAAGGGAGGCGAGGACGAGGCGGCCAAGUCAACCUGGGCGCCGGGCCAAGUGGCAGCUGCUUUUGCCUCCGUCGCUGGAGGAAAUAAAUCCGGGUUUGUGGAAUGAGGAUGGGAAGAGCCGGGGAGCAGCGUCUCCCUCCCUCGGCGCCCCGCAAAGGAAGGUAGCCAAUCUCGGAGGAAGGAAGGAAGGUAGCAGUCCCAGCAGAGGAAUGCAGAGAGACUGCGGAGGAAGCGAGCCGAGCAGCCCUCCCUCGCCCCAGAGGGAGCCUGGAACCAGCCACAGGGAAAGCUUCAGCUGCUGCAGCCGAGGAAUGCAGAAAUUUGCCCAGAGGAGGAGAGGAGCCAAGAGCUGAAAACGAAAGCAGGGCAUCCGCAGCCGGAGGAAGUGGGCGCACGCUGGAUUGUGGCGCAAAAGGGACACGACGACACCCACUUUAUCCUUCUUUGGAAAGCUGCUCCCUCGUGGAGGUUGCCCCGGGUGCAAGAGGGCGGGCAGACCCCUUGAAAGAGGGCUGAACCAUGCUGGCAGCCCGAGAAGCAGCUGCGCUCUACCAGACGGACUUCGUGCGCAAUGCCAGGGCGGUGGGCGCUCUCUGGGCUGGCUGCACCCUCUGCUUUGGCGUCCUGGAGGUCGUGGUCCUGAUCCAGCCGGCGUGGGUGCAGACAGCGCCGCUCACCUACCAGCUGCCCCCCUCCGGGGUCCUUUUCGACCCCAGCGUCAGCGCCGUGGGCUCCUUCGGCCUCUACCAAGUCUGCAAGGAGCGGGAUGGCACCCUCCAGUGCGAGGGGUCACUGGUCACCCUCACCCCGAUCCCAUCCUUCAAGGCAGCCGCGGUCUUUGUCCUGAUGGCCCUGGUCCUGGUGAUGGGCAGUGUGGCUUCCUUGGGCCUCUUCUGGGUCUGCAGCCCAGGGACUGUCUACAAGGUGUGUGCCUGGCAGCAGCUUUCAGCAGCAACUUGUCAGGCUCUUGGCUGCCUGGUUUUCCCAGACGGCUGGGGAGCCCCUGAAGUCAGGGCUCUUUGUGGGCCUCGGGCCAGGAGCUACACCCUGGGUGCCUGCACAAUACACUGGGCCUUUACCCUUGCCUUGCUGGGCAUAGCCGAUGCCCUGGUACUGGCCACCCUGGCAUUCGUCUUGGGGAACCGGCAGGAUGCUCUGCUACCAGCAGGCUAUGCGCCACCCUCGGGAGGAAGAGGUAAGCAGCAGAAUAGCCCCCGUCCCUGUUAUUCUGGGCAAGGAUGGGAGCCAGCAGAUGCUCAGAUGCGAGGCUGGCAGGAAUGUCACCUGCUGCCUAGCAACGGCCAAUGAGACACAAGGAUGCAUCUGAAAUGGGGGAAAGGUGGAGGGGGCUGGAGGCUGCAGCAAAGAGGCCCAGUCUUCCAGGAACCUCUGAAGCCUCUCCCUUUCCUCCAAACCAGAGAAAUAUAACUGGUGGCGAUGCUUCUGCUAAUGCAAAUGUGUUGAUAAGUCUCUCCCUUUCUGCCACAAGCUGGGAUUAAGGACUCUGGGUUUUCUGCUGCCUUACUUGCUGCCACCAAAGUGGGGGGGGGGAGGCGGUAGAGGAGGCCCCAUUUUCUCCUCAUACCCCGUUCCAGUGUUUCUCAAAGCACUAUCUAGGUCUCUGCAGUG